AUGUCCGACUCGAGUGCCAUGGUCUCCAUCACCGCAGCCAACACUAAUGACACUCUCAGUUCCCUCCAGGACACCCCCAAGCCCUCCUCAGUCGCCGAAAACGCUCCUACAAAGUCGACCUCGUCUUCCUCCAUCUCGGCCGCAGCCGCAACCGCAUCGACUACCUCUACCACCACCACUUCCACAGAACCGAAUGAGCCGCUGUCGAGGGAUGAGCACAAGGCCGCCUCAGCAGCACUUCCGCCCAAACCGCCCACUAUCCUUUUGCCCCCGGUUGAAAUCGAUGAACGACCAACCUCGAAGAAGAAGGGCGACGAUAACAACAAGAACAUUGAUCCUCUAGCCACACCUCCUCCUGCUGCUGUUGCUGCAGCAACGAAGCAAGGGGUCAAAACCACCAAGCCAGCCACUGGCGUGGCUUCAAAGGCAAAGAGUGGAGUGGUAGCUGCUUCAGCGACUACCUUCACAUCAGUAAGGAAGCCACUGACGGCGAGUUUAUUGAAAGCCACCACAGCUACCACAGCAGCAGCAACUGGAUCGACCUCCAGAGUCAAGCCUACAACAACAACAGCAGCAACAACAUCGUCCACAACAAGGACACCUGUCAAGCCUCAGUGGCAGCCCUUCUUCUACGCCAGGACCUUCUCGUUCAGCGAGCCGUGCGUCCAUCGCCUCUUCCGCGACCACAAACACAACCACUUUGACAGCACGACGACCUCUCAUAUCUUCAUCGACCACUACUCUAGCAAAUCGCACUACGACGGGUCGGGUCGGUGCGCCAGUUCUGUACGACCUACGGGAACUCAGUCGACCACCCCUACACCCAUCCGCAAAACCUUGACCUCUGCCUCCACAGCCUCGACUUCCACUCGUCCAGUUACGGAUGCAACCAAAGUGAAGAUGUUGAGCUCUCAGUUAUCUGGGCUUCAAGAGAAGCAUGAUCAAACACUCAAGCUACUCCAGGAACAAGAAGAGCGACUGAAGCGCGAAUUGGAGGAAUUGUCCACCAUCUCAUCCGAUCAACAGCGAAAGCCGAUUCCAUCAGACACUCACGAUAUCUUGCAGGAAAUGGAGGAUUUGAGGUCACAAUUCCAGAAUGCAAAGGAACAGCAUGAGAAAGCCUUGGAAGAUAUUUCUGCUGAGCGCGCUUUGGAGAUUUCGCAGCUCAAGGAGUCGCAUGAGGCCCUUUUGUUGGCCAUGACGCAGGAGAGGGAUACUGUUGCAGAGUCUUUGAAGGUCUUGAAAGAGUCGGGAGAACUGACUGAGCAGGAAAAGAACGACCGCAUCAAAUCGAUGGAAGAGCAGAUGGAGGCCGCACUUCAAAGCCAUAAUGAGGCCGUUGCAGAGCAUGCGGUCGCCUUGGAGACGCUUCGUGAUGAAAUCGAAGCUGCCUGGAACCUAAAGCUCGAGUCCAAGAUCCAAACCUUGGAGAGGGAACACAAGGAGAAACUUGGUGCUGCAGAGGAGAACAUCCAAGUGGCUGGUCAUUCGAGCGAAGAGGCGAUCCAACAACUCAAGGACUCGUUUGCGGAGCAGAUCAAGGACCUCGAGGACGAGAAAGAGACCCGGAUCUUGGAGCUGAUAGCUCAGCAUGAGGCCGAGCUCCAAGCUGAGAAGGACAAGUUUGUGCAACAGGCCGAUGCACAUGAGGAGCUGAUUGCCCAUAUGAAGGACCAGCAUGAGGAGGUUGUAGGAAAGCUGAAGAUCCGAUUGGAGUCGACGGAGGACGCCAUGGGUAACGCUCAGAGCGAACUGAUUCGUAUCCAAGAGGAAACUCAGGUGGAACUCAAGGAGGUUCGUCAGGCUAUGGAGGAGAUUCGUAAGGUGUUGGCUCUCAAGGAGACUGAGAAUGCUGAUCUGGAAAGACGUAUCCGGGAACUGACUGAUGACCUGGAGAUCGCCUCCCUCAGCGCCAUGUUGAAGAACGACAAGAAGUACAAGGUCAAGUUGGUCCAGAUUUUCGGUUCAACCGUUAGCGGCAACUUGAAGAUCAAGAAGGCACAGCAGUCGAUUAGUGAUGCGCUGGAGCAGCUGGAGAUCGAGUACGAGUUUGUGGAUGUGUCAUCCUCGGACGAAGCCAAGAGCUUGAUGCGCCGCAAGAAUGGUAACGAGACCCGACUGCCCCAGAUCUUUUCUGGUGGCGAGUAUAGAGGACUCGUUGAGGAUUUCGAGUACGCUAUCGAGACGCACCAACUGAUCCAGUUCUUGGGCUUUGACCGUGUCAGGGCGUUUGUCCCUCAGAAGAAGGUCCUGGAGCCUUCUGCCUUAAGUUUGGGAGCCCAGGAUGGCGAGGAUGCCGAGCAAGGAGCCGGACGUCCUAAUGUCGUCGUCAAUGGGUUGGGCAACCGGGUGGGUGCUUCUCCUGGUACUCCUGGUACUCCUGGUACUCCUUCCAGCAGUGGACGGUUGAGCAGUGACCUGGGCACAUCGAUGUACUUGUUGUCGCCUUCGUCGAACCGGUUCCAGUCUACCGCAUCCGUGGCAUCGAACUCUCCCUCGCGGAGUAAUGGCGUCAAGAAGCCCGGAUUUGUGCAGGCAGCUGGUCAGGCUUGGGAUGGCGCACUAAAGGAGGAUGUCACACGUGCCAAGCAUGAUCUGGGCUUCAACAGCACUGUGACCCCUGAUGAUGACGAGCUUGAAGAGCUCUUCCAGAACGGUGCUGUUAGCGAGGCUGACCUUGAAGCCAUGCUGGCGUCUGCUCGUAUUUGA